CAUACAGUUUUUUCCCUGAACCAUUAAAUCCCCUUGUAUACAAAUAGAAUGUGUUACCGGUAUUAGCAGAUAUCGCAGAUGCAGAUGAUAAAGUUGGCAGCUAUUGCAGAUCAGUGUAAAACCAGCUGGUUAGCGAACGAGCUUACUAGCAUGCUAGCUAGAUGCUAAAAGUUGCCUGUAAGCUCAGCCAGUAAUGUAGCAAUGCUACCUAGAGACCAUUGUGCCAACUACUUUAACCACCCACGUUUCUCUUUUGGUAUUUAUGAAUAAGAAGGCUACCUGUCUUCGAUCUUUGCGGCAACCUGUGCAUUUGAGUAAUUUGUGUCUAGGUCCACAAAGAUGGUGAGCUGACAGAUGUGUGAAUGAGCCUACCAGCCUAUGGUCAAUUACUAUGUUGCCAUUGACUUCACUCAUGGGUUGUUGCCUGGCAAGAAGAGGAAGCUCAUACAGAUGGAUGCUGGGAAAUAUAGUGCAGUGGAGGGCAUUUGUGACUUCAGGACUCAGGCAAGCCUCUGCCACACCAGGACGUAAAGUCUCCCCUGUGUUCUCGCGAGCCUUGGGAUUCGGGGACAAGACUGCCAUAGUGGACAGCAGUGGUAGCCAUACUUACAGAGACCUUUAUGCCAGCAGCUGGGGUUUGGCUGCCCGCAUCGCUCAGAUACUGGGCUGUAAGUCUGGAGAUGUUGGUGGCCAGCGAAUCUCAUUCCUAUGUGCCAACGAUGCCUCUUACAGCGUGGCGCAGUGGGCAUCCUGGAUGUGCGGAGCAACGGCUGUACCCCUGUACAGCAAGCACCCACCCUCAGAGCUGGAGUACAUCAUCACCAACUCCCAGAGUUCCCUGCUAGUAGCAGGGCAUCCGUACGCUGACACACUGGAGUCUCUGGCUCACAAACUGGACCUCCCGUUUCUCCAGCUGCCCGUCACCUCCAAUCUGGUUGCCCUGAAGACCGCUGAUACAGAAGCACCCCCGGUCUUGGCUGAAACUGAUUGGGCAGAGAGGCCAGCCAUGAUCAUCUACACCAGCGGGACAACAGGCAGGCCUAAGGGAGUCCUCCAAACCCACAGCAACAUACAGGCCAUGGUCCAGUGUCUUGUGUCGGAAUGGGGGUGGUCGAAAGAAGACGUCAUCCUCCACACUCUUCCUCUCCACCACGUCCACGGCAUCGUCAACAAGCUGCUGUGUCCGCUCUCGGUGGGAGCCACCUGCUUAAUGCUCCCUGAUUUCAACCCUCAGAAGGUGUGGGAGCACUUGCUGAGCUCCAAGGCUCCCAUGGUGAACGUGUUCAUGGCCGUCCCCACCAUCUACUCCAAACUCAUCCAGCACUACGAGCAGCACUUCACCCAGCCCCGCGUCAGGGACUUUGUGAAGGCCGUGUGCAAGGAGCGGAUCAGACUGAUGGUGUCUGGCUCGGCUGCGCUACCUCAGCCCACUCUGGAGCGCUGGGAGGAGAUCACGGGCCACGUGCUGCUUGAGCGCUACGGCAUGACUGAGAUCGGCAUGGCUCUCUCCAACCCUCUCAAGGGAUGCCGCACACCAGGAGCAGUGGGCACACCUCUUCCUGGAGUGGAGGUGCGCAUUGGCAUGACCAACUCCACCAACACCACUAUAGCAGAGGGCAACAGCAAGGAGACGCGGGUGCGCCCCGGUCUGGAGGGUAAGGAGGGGGAGCUGAUGGUGCGUGGACCCUCUGUCUUCAGGGAGUACUGGAACAAACCUCAGGAGACGGCGGAGGCAUUCACUGAGGACGGCUGGUUCAAGACAGGUGACACGGCUGUGUUCAGGGAUGGGGUGUACUGGAUCAUGGGCCGCACCUCUGUCGACAUCAUCAAGAGUGGUGGCUACAAGAUCAGCGCCCUGGAGGUGGAGAGGCACCUGCUGGCCCACCCACACAUAACAGAUGUGGCUGUGAUUGGGGUGAGGGACGCCACGUGGGGCCAGAAGGUGACUGCGGUGGUGCAGCUCCAGAGAGGGGCCAGUCUCAGUCUCCCAGAGCUCAAGGCCUGGGCCAGAGAGCACAUGGUGCCGUACACCAUCCCCACCGGCCUGGUGGUGGUGGAGGAGAUACCCCGCAACCAGAUGGGCAAGGUCAACAAGAAGGACCUGCUCAAGCAGUUCUCCUCCAGCCAAGGCUGACCCUGCUGCCAGCACCACCCCACCCCAUCCCACCCCACCGCCCACUCUCCAGCCAGACAGAGAUGGAGGGAGAAGGGGAGAGAGAGAGAGAGAAAAAGAGAAAAGGGCAGACCUGUCUGGUCUUGCUCUGAGGACAACUGUGCGUGCCAGCACAUGACACUGUGUCAUCUUGUGAAGGUUGACGUGUUUCAGCACACUGCUGCUGGCCAAAGGGAGAGCCUUGGGGUGAUUGGGAGACUUGCCCUCUGUGUAGGCAGUGGAUCGAGUCUGGUCACUGGUCAGUGCCAUUGAGAAGACAUUCACACCACCAGUCCUGGUUAAUUUUUGUGUUUGUUUGUUUUAUGAUGUGGAGCUUUUGGAUAUUUAGGUACUCUCACUGAAAUAAAUGGAAGUACUCAGACCAUUUUUCAAAAAGGAUGACCAUGCCAUCAUUAAUAAACAUCUAAAAUGAUUGUGAAUGAAAGCAGUAUUAAAUUGAUGCUCCAAGGUGAUACUAUUGAUAGGUACUAUGCUGUGAGCUUUGAAAGAAAAUGCUGUGAAUGUAUUUAUAGGUGCAUGUCUGGAAAUAUUAUAUCAAAGAUGUAAUUGUGGUCUGUAGAAGCUGUAAAAAUUUAAAAAUAAACACUAUUAAUUUCGUAAA